GCUUCGAAACGGACGCGUGUUUUCAUUUCGCUUUCGGUUAUUACCGAGCGGGCCACUAUAUCACAGCCUACCGAGGUUUCUGUGCACGGAACGAAAUUCGUGAAUCUUUGUGAAUUUUCCGCCAACCGUAAUGAGGAACCGAUCGAUCGUUGCCGUGUGUGUGUGUAGAGUAUGCCAUAAGUUUGUUGCGUUAUGAAAAUAAAAUAUCUCUUCAUAAACAACGCUAUUUCUAACACAUCUUGCGAUUUACAUUCAACAAUAUUCCAAAAGAAAUGACAGUUAAAAGAAAUGCAAAUCUCAGACAAAGAGGAACUUGAGAACAUUUAGUGAAUUUUCAAAAAAGAAACAUUUUAGGCACUAAAUAUUCAGUAGAUGCGUAUAAUUUUGGCCACAUUGUUUGUCCAAUUGUACAGAAUAAACCAAUGAAGAGAAGAAAACGAAGGAAAAGUGCAUUCGGAAAGGGUGUCCAAACUCUCCGCUGUUAGUGCACCCGGUCGGUAGGUGAAAUCGGCAACAACGUCGUAUGCCGGUGACGAGAAGCGAAGAGGGAAAAUUGUAAACAUGUGGUAAAUAUCGAGAAUCGCUUGGGACCGCAGCAGCAAUAGCAGAGAAAGUCGGCCUGAUACAGUCGAUAGCAGUUGGCUGUUGGUGAUUUCAGUGACAGCUACAGUGAUUUUUAGUGACGAACCGACGGUCACUGUAGUCACAACAUCAAUCUAAUAACAACCACAACAGAAAACAACAUCAACGAAUUGAGUCAGAAGAAGAACAUGAGCAGGAGUAAUCACGUCUGGCCAAACAUUAUAAUUUUCCUGGGACUGCUCGCCACUGAAAAAUGCCGGUCUGUAGCUACGGAUGAUAUUGCCGGUCUGUCGGAAAGAGAAAUAGUGGAAGCACUUGUGAGAAAGUGGGCCCCGUUGGUGUGGCUUGCCCCGAACGAGAAGUAUCUGCCGGGGUCGGUUUCGACAUUUCUCGAGCACGUACACGCCGAAAAGGCAAAGAUUGUAACGGUAUAUCCGGGCAAUGAGAUAUCAGAUGUGAGCGAGUUGAGUCACUAUCCCUACAAUUACGACAAUGAGAACGAGCUAACUUAUUAUGAUCCUACGGUACGACAAGCUCGUAACCGGAACAAGCGCAACUUCCGGGAUCCGGCCACAUCGUUGGACCUACUGUUUGAUCUGCCAAUUGGCAACGAAUCCAAGAACUGGUAUCUCGUCACCAACAACGAAAUCGAAGAGCUCAUAGCGGACAAAAAAUCGUUCAUCUAUGGACAGAACCCACAAAAUGAAAAUGUGACAAUCUAUGCCGUCGUGAGCAUGUGCCGUUCAGCUUCCUCGACGGUUGGAUCACCGUCUCUUGCUGCCGCCGCUUCGUCGACUGCCACCGCGCAGCCGCUACCACUUUCGUCUACUGUGCCACUGCAACCACCUACGACUACCUUUCCGACGCCACCGGCAGCCGCCUUACAUCACUAUAGUCAUAUUGAAAAUGAGGUAGUAUACAACACCAUAGACCGCGUCGGGUAUAAACGCCAUCCGCAUAUAUCGGUUCACAAAAACUUAUUCGAACUGCAGCCGGAGCUGAAACCUGACAUCAAUAAAAUCGAGAAAAGUAUACGAUUAAUACGGAAACGUCGCCGGCGAGGGAUUUCCGUGCCCGAGAUGCCUUCAAACAGCAACGGGAAUAAAGAGGAAUACACCGAGAGUCCCAGUGUGGAAUUUCUGGAAAAAAUCAUUGAAGGUCGUGCAGAGAAUGAAGACGACGAGGAUGAAGACAAUUUUGGUAACAACGAUAACGAUUCGGACGAUUGGGAGACGAUAACGGAAAGACGGGAUGACAUCACCAUACAAAAUGGUGAAGAUUCGAAUGAUUAUCCACACUUUCACGUAACCUACUGGAUGUUCUAUCCAUACAGUCAGGGUAAAGUAAUUUGUACGGUUAAUCUAGGGCCACUUGGUCCGUGGCCAAUCCCACUUCUAUUUGGAAUGUGUCUUGGGACCAAAAAGGAAUUUGGUAGCCAUAUUGGUGAUUGGGAGCACAUGAGUUUAUUCUUCAGAGGCCGCAAAGAACCUGACGAAAUGUACGUCUCAGCUCACGAUGCCGGUGCGUUUUAUUCCUAUGAGCGGUUGACGGGUACCUUCGAGUAUCGCAGCCAGGAAACACGCAAAGGAAUUCUGCAGAGACCAACCUUUCCUAAAACAGUCAUUACCUCUGGUAAUCACCCAGUGUUGUUCGCUGCUGAAGGAUCGCAUGGUUUAUGGACUGCCCCUGGCAAACAUAAAUACGUUCGAGUACCGCGGCUAUAUGAUGUAAAUGGUUUCGGUACUCCGUGGACCACAUGGAAAAGUGUUGAAGUGAUUCAUGAAAAUGACUCCAAGGGUCGAACAGCGUUGAAUCCCAAAUGGCUCAAGUUCAACGGUCGUUGGGGCAACCCGAAGAACCGUUGCCAUCCACUGAAGCGAUUCGGUUUGCACAUUUGUGAAUUAACUGACGGGCCUACAGGAAUCCCUAGAAAGAAACCCCACUUCAAGUGCAAAAAGCGAUAAAACCGGAGCUGAACACCCUCUGCAGUACAUGCUAAGACUUAGAUAAAUCUAUUUAUUUAAUAUUUUUUAAUAAUUUAUUUAUCGUUUCUCAUCCUACUCUUCACAAUCAUAUAUUUAUCAUCAUUUAUGGUCGUAUGACUGACAUCGUUGUUAAUUUGUUUUAACUACUAUUAUCAUUUAUUCGUAAUACCCUCAUAAUGUUCAAAUAUUUUUUAUUUACUUAUGAAACACUAGCCUUUCGAUUUGCAUUACGCUGUUACUUUCAAAAAGUUAGCAACCUACAAAAACUUUAUUGUGAUUCGUCAAAUUAAAAUAUUCUACCUAGUAUUCCAUGUCUUGUUGGAUAAUGUAAAUAAAAC